AUGCAACUUCUGACCGACUCUACUUUGCCGCUCAUAGAGCCUGAAGAUUGCCCCACCUGUCGCUCCUUGCCUGGGUUUGCUGCAAUGCUCGAUGCUGUGACGACCCGUGGGCCCUUGUCAAACCUUCAGAGCUCGAUAUGUCUGGUCGAUCUAUUCGCGCUGCGGCGCUCCUUCAGACGAGCCAAUGGCCAAAAUCCCGCAGCUGCUCUGGACGGUAGACCUUGA